AGUUAAAAUGAAAUGGCAGAUCCGAAUUAUACUUUGUCUAGAUUAGACAUUUUGCCGCCCUUAUAUGCUAAGGCUGGACCAACAUCCCAGGAACUAUUCAGAAUCCAGGGGUUUCUUUCAGUUGUUUAAAAGAAUUUGUUCCUUCUACGGUUCUGCAACUGCAAACCAUCUGCUUCUUGUGUUUGGUACCAGUACUUUGUUUGUUUUGAGUUUUGGGGUUUCAAGUUACAAGCUGAAGUAAAACACAGAGAGUGAAGAAGAUAUGGGAAGGAUGCUGGACGUGUUGCUUAGAAGGAAUUUCAAAGCCUCUAAAUUCAAAACCAUCGUUAAACUUGCUCUUUCAAGAGAUGCUAUAAUGAAGAACCAGCGCCAAGCUCGAUUUUCCCAUGCAAGAUCUGAUGUUAUCGAGCUACUUAACCUCGGCCUCCAUGAACGAGCUCUUCUUCGUGCUGAGUAUGUGAUUGAAGAGGAGAACAUGCUGGACGUGCUUGUUAUGAUAGAAAAUUACUGCCACCUACUGAUUGAAAGAGUCAUGCUCAUUCAGAAUAACAAGGAAUGUCCUGAAGAGCUGAGAGAGGCAGUAUCGAGCUUGAUCUUUGCAUCUUCAAGGUGUGGGGAGUUUCCUGAGUUGCUGAAAAUUCGGGAGAUGUUGACGUUGAGGUUUGGGAAAGAAUUUGCCGCUCGUGCAGUUGAAUUACGAAACAACUGUGAAGUCAAUCCUAGGAUUGUGCAGAAGUUGUCGUCUCAACAGCCUAGCAUGGAGAGCAGAUUGAAAGCACUCAAGGAGAUUUCUGCAGAAAUUGGUGUCACUCUUCAUUUGGAGGAAGAUGUUGGGACUGCUGUCAAGGGGCAAAAGCAACAGGGGCCUAAUGAAUCAGCUACCUUUGAUGAUGCAAAGCUCGGUGUUGAUACAGAGAAUUUGUUUGCAGAUUUGGAACAGGAGGAAAACUUUGCUGAAUCUUUGAAAACAAGAAAGGAAUACAGAGAUGUGGCUACAGCUGCUCAAGAUGCUUUUGAAUGGGCUGCUUAUGCGGCUGUGGCAGCAAGGGCUGCUAUAGAACUCUUAGGGUCUGAAUCACAGGACAAUGAUUCAGAUGAUGAUGGCGGUGUUGGUGGUUCUAGUCAUCCACAAGGUACUGGUUCUGUAUCUUACCUGUCAUCGACACCAAAUCUUCAAAGGGACAAAUAUGCAGUCAUAGAGGAAGAUGAAGGUUCUAAUCAUCGGUUGUACUUCAACAAAAUGCAGCCCGUGGACAACCUUGGCUCAGAAUCAGAAGGCGAAAACAUGGUUGAAAAUAGUGAUGAGAUUCAUCUCAAAGAAUUGAAACAAAAUGAAAGGAAUGCAGGGAGAGGAUACGUUAUGAGAAAACAGUAUCCAGAACAAGGGAAAUGAAGCAGCUUCAAAUGAAGUUGAUAAUGACACAGAAAAGAACUAGGACAAUUUGCCAUGGCAAAAACAUGAUGUUAUGAAUUCUAACAGGAAGCCUAGCUUGCCCAUGAUUGUGUACGAACACUUUAGAGAGAAUAAUGGAGAUGAUGAUCAAUGUCUUUUAGUUGAUGGAAUAGAUGGCAAGCUUUCUCACCAAUCUCCAAAACUGGAUUCACCAGAAACUCAGGAUUUUUCUAUGGUAAAAUCUAUGCAGAGGAGGCUUGAACUUUAGAAAGCAAUUACAUGAACAAUAUUCAAGCACACACUGGAAGCAAUUUUCAAUGAGGACAAUACGAAAUCAGAAUAUACGAAAAACCGUUUAGUUUUAUGUGCUACAAAAAUUCAAUUUUUGCUUAGCCAGAUUUCAUACUUAGCUCUAUUACUGCAUUAUUUAGUUUAUUUUGUUAUUGCAGCUGUAAAUCUAGACUGUGGUUGGAAACAAAGACAUUGGAAAUUUUAAGUUGUCGUUUGUCAUACUGCGUUCAGUAUGAGGAAAGUGACAGUAAUACGCUAAUGCAAGUAUUGUGCAUUCACAGUCCA